GCAGCGUCACCCAAGGCGUUUGUCUGCACGAUCUGAUGUGGUGGUUUGUCAGCUCGCUGGCGCUGGGCAGCGUUGAGCUGGUGGAUGGCAAGUACGAGGAGGCCGAACCGGCAUUGGAGCAUCCCGUUGCGUAUACACAGAUCAGUGGACGCUUUGCACAUUUGAUCACUCAAUCGCUGCACAUUCUGCUGCAAUCGGUUGCGGAUCUAACGCUGCAUCUGCCGCUGGGAUCACCGCUGCAGCGGGUGGCGAUUCAAUGCUUUGGCAUACGCUUCCGGCAGGCCGAUCAUCAGUUCCUGCAUAGUUCACAUGUGUUUGGCAACAUCUCGAAGAUCCUGUCCAAGUCCGAUGAGCAGAACGAUGCCAUGGCCAUGUCCACAAUGCUGGCAGCCACUGGUAACGAGAUCCACUGCGAUGCCGAGCAUAAUAUUGCCACAGCUAGCAAUCAGCUCAACCCCUCGAGCAGUGUGCCGGGUGCCAAAGUCAUUUGCUACACCGAUUUGGCUGGCAUGUUCGAGGUGACGGUCUCGUCGCGUCCCGCCAUGGCUGAGUCCCUUACGGACAAUUCGACAGAGACGUUCUGGGAGAGCGACGAGGAGGAUCGCAACAAAUGCAAGAUCAUUGAGCUCUCAAUGAGCAAGCUUAGCUAUGCCUGCAAAUUUGUGCUCGUGCACAUCGACAACAGCCGCGACAUUCAGAACAAGGUGCUGAAUGUGGUGUUUUAUGCCGGCCAAUCGCUCGGCGAUACCAAUCUGAUCAAAUCAGUGGAUGUGGAUCAGAAGGCAUGCGUUUGGAUUGCGGCCAAAAUCAGCGACGAGAGCUCCACACAUUUUCGCCUCGAGCUCCACGGACCGGAGAACACACUGCGGGUGCGUCAAAUCAAGCUGCUGGGACUGCCAAGUGGACAACAACAACAACAAGGAGCAGCUGGUGCUGCUGUUGCUGGCGAAGAGUUGCUGGCGGAGCAUCGCUCCAAUCUGCGCAUGUCACACGCAGCACGCAUUCAACAGCAAAUCUGCGAGGCGGAAACACUGCGGGUCUUCCGUCUCAUCACCGGCCAGGUCUUUGGCAAGCUGAUCAGCAAUGUGAACGAUGCGGUCACAGCCACUGGCGGGGGAGCGGGCGGAGCUGCUGGCUCCUCUUCGGUUCUGGACGGUGGUGGCAACAUGCUGGCGGACUCACUUGAUCUCCGGGAACACAUGGUCGGCAUACUGUUCUCGCGCAGCAAACUGUCGCAUCUGCAGAAGCAGGUGAUUGUGCACAUUGUGCACGCCAUCAAGAAGGAGGCGCAACGGGCCAAGGAGGACUGGGAGCUGGCCAAUUUGGCACAUGUGCUCAAGCAUCAGCCGGCACAACAAACAGCCGCAGCACCUCAGUCAGCGACCACUGGCGCUUCAGCGCUCAUCUCCAGCGACAGCAGCUCGGAACGCAGUCGCGCCCCGGACACCUAUUGCUUUGAGAUGCUCAGCAUGGUGCUGGCGCUCUCCGGCAGCGUGGUUGGUCGCUCCUAUCUGUCGCAACAGUACGGUCUGCCGGAUCUGCUCGGUUUGCUGCACACGGGUAGCGAUCGAGUGCAGCGUCAGGUGACGGCGCUGUUGCGUCGCAUACUUCCCGAAAUAACCCCGGAGAGUUUCGCCGAGCUGCUCGGCGUGCAGCGGCUGCCACCGGCGGACUACAGCAUCGCGCAUCAGAGUGCCAGCGACUUUGACAUGAGUCGCUUGGGGCUGCUCGACAUUUUCCUGGCCGUUAUUGCCAAGUCACUGCAGUUGCAGGUCAAGGUAAAGACAACGUCGGCCAAUGCAGCUGGCGGCGUGACGGUGCCAAGUGGCGGCAACACAACGGCUGGCGGAAACAUCGGAACGGCAACAGCGAAGUCGGGACAGCUGGAGAAGACGCCGGCAUUUGUGCGUCUCUGCAGUUCGUUGGAUCUGUCCGUGCAACUGUUGCGUGCACGUCCCACAACAGCGGAGCAAUUGGCGACCGCCUCAUCGACUGCCUCAUCAACGGCGCCCGGUGGCAGCGAUCCCUUUCGCUUUGAUGCGGCGCCCGUGAAGAAGGAGUCCAAACGGAAUCUGAAUCAACGCUGGUUCCUCAACGGUAUCAUCUCCACCAAACAGGCGGAGAGCAUCAUUGGCCUCAUACGGGAUUUGGCAAGCGGCAAGCUGAGCGAGAAGUGGUCACAGAUCACCAAGGCGGCCAUUGCCGAGUCAGUGUUGAAUUUAACACGCCUCGAGGAGAUCUAUCGCACGCCGGAGCAUUGCACAAAGACGGCAACAUUGUGGCUGGCGUUGGCCAGUGUCUGUGUGCUGGAGCGUGAUCACGUCGAGAAACUCUCCUCGGGCCAAUGGUCAAAGCUCUGCGACACGCGUCCCAUGUGCAGCAAUCACGACGAUGGCGAAACAGCGGCGAUCAUACAAUGCGAGACCUGCGGUUCGCUUUGCGGCGACUGCGAUCGCUUUUUGCACUUGAAUCGCAAGACGCGUUCACAUAAGCGCACGGUGUGCAAGGAGGAGGAGGAGGCGAUACGCGUGGAGCUGCAUGAAUCGUGCGGUCGCACCAAACUCUUUUGGCUCUUGGCCCUGGCCGACUCAAAGACCCUGAAGGCGAUGGUCGAGUUUCGCGAUGGCAGCCACACGAUCAUUUCGGGGCCACAGGAGGCAGUCGGACGGUGUCGCUUCUGCGGCCUCACUGGCAACUCGGGUCUGCUGGAGAUUGGCAACGUGUGCGCCGAUGCCCAAUGCCAGGAGUAUGCGGCCAAUUCCUGCCUGAAAACAAAGCCCUGCGGUCAUGCCUGCGGCGGCGUUGCAGGCGAACGCAAGUGCUUGCCCUGUCUGCAGCAUGUGUGCCAUGCACGCGAGAAUGAGCUGGCCGAGGAGCUGCGCGAUCCGAAACUAACCCAAGAUGCCGAUGACAUGUGCAUGAUCUGCUUCGUUGAGGCGCUCUCGUGUGCGCCCUCCAUACACUUGGAGUGCGGUCAUGUGUUUCACUUUCAUGGCUGCAAGGCGGUGCUGGAGAAACGCUGGAGCGGACCACGUAUCACGUUUGGCUUCUCGCUGUGCCCCAUCUUCAAGGCGGACAUACAGCAUCCAUUGCUGGCCGACAUUCUGGAGCCCAUCAAUGGACUCAAGCAAGACGUCAAACGCAAGGCGAUCAUGCGCAUUAAGUACGAGGGUGUGGUCAAGGAUACGGAUAGCAAAGAUGUCACCCAACUGGCCAUGGAUCGUUAUGCGUAUUACGUGUGCUUCAAGUGCCAGAAGGCAUACUAUGGCGGCGAGGCGCGUUGCGAUGCUGAGAUCGGUGAGAAAUUCGAUCCGGAGGAGCUCGUCUGUGGCGGCUGCUCGGAUGUGGCCCGGGCACAAAUGUGCCCCAAACAUGGCACCGAUUUCCUCGAGUACAAGUGUCGCUACUGCUGCUCGGUGGCCGUGUUUUGCUUUGGCACCACGCACUUUUGCGACACGUGCCACGAUGACUUUCAGCGUCUCACGAACAUACCGAAGAAUAAGUUGCCACAGUGUCCCGCCGGACCGAAGGCCAAGCAGCUGCUUGGAGACGAGUGUCCGCUGCAUGUGAUGCAUCCCCCGACUGGUGAGGAGUUUGCCCUGGGCUGUGGCGUCUGUCGCAAUGCGCAAACAUUCUAGCAACCCGUUUGAAAU